AUGCCUGGCAACGAUAAUGAGGCGUUACUGCCGCAGCGCCGCAGUUGGCAGCAUGUGACGCGGGCAGAGGACGACAGCAGCAGCGAGCCGGCCGCCCAGCAGGCAGCGCCGCCACCAGCCCCGCAGCAGCAGCAGCAGCAGCAAGAGGAGGAGCCCAUUUGGGUUCGCCGCGAGCGCGAGCGGCAGCUGCAGAAGGAGGAGGGCGGCAGCUUCGACCUGCCCUUCGGCGCCUACCUCCUCUUCUCCUCCUUCACCGCCAUCGCAGCGGUGGGCUCCAUCUUCGAGUACGCCAACCAGCGCCCCGUGUUUGACGUCAUCCAGCCCGACUCCCCGCUCUACACACCCAUCCUGGGCUUCUUCGCCAUCACCGGCCUCCCCACCUCCGCCUUCCUGUUCUUCAAGGCGGUGCAGAGCGCCAACAAGGAGGCGGAGCGCAUGGACAAGCUGGACGGCUACUGA